UGCUUCAAAGCAAACAAGCGGAGUGAACCGCUUCACCGGCGAACAAAUCAAACACGCUCUCCGCGAGGUCACCUGAUGAGAUGGACCCUGGUGGACAGUCGCGACACUAGCGUCAGCCAUCGCGACGACGCAUAGCGCGGGCGUAACCAAAACCAAAGGCGUUGUGUUGACUCUUCUCUGUCAUGACCAUUCUCGGAUUACUAGACGGUGUUCGGCCGAGGGACGUCCUGCUCUUCGGUGCCCUUACCGUCGCGCUCCUGCUGGCCGGGACGACCGAUGCCAACGAAGGAUGUGGCAGCACACCAGAUGACAGCCAAAUGAUGUCUGUUCUGAAGCAAGCGGCGGACAUGUUCAUGCCCUGCAUAGAAGGACUCUACAAUAUGCCCGUUCACGGCAGUAUUCUUGAGGAGGUCAUUCAGGGCGUGUGCAGAAACUACGACAAGUGCAAUGAGAUACCUGAAAAUUUCGCUGCUUGCCUCGUAGAGACGACGGCAGAGUAUUUGUCAACGAUAAAAGAUUUCCCCUACGACCCGAAUGUAAUGGGAGAGAAGACUCUGGGCUGCAUGAUGAGCUCGAAGACGGUGCCACGAGAGAAGCAGCGUUUCUUCGCUGCGCUCCACUGGCUCCUGCUGCUGCUUAAGUAGCAUCUCUCUGCUACUUACUUCCCGUUCUUUGGUUAGUGCUGAAUAAAAACAUUCGCUGCCCGUCCACGUGAAUUGUGAGACCGCAGCUUUGGAGGCAGGC